AGGCGACCUGAGCUGCGCUCUCUCUGAGCUGUUGUGUCGCUCAGCCUCUGGCUGUCUGUCAGCGACUCUUUCUGCUCCAUCUGACGUUCCACGACGCACAGGAGAGCCUCUCUGCCAGCAUGAACCUCUUCUGCUUCUCACUGGAGGGCUCUAUGGACAGCCUGUAUGAGGCGGUGCAGAGCUCCGGCGAUGGACCACCUCCACCCAUCCCCAGCCGCUCAUCCAGCCGUUCCUGCAGCCGCUCUUGCAGCCCCGCCGUUCUGCUGGAAGACAACGCUAAGUGGAGAGGCUCGGGACGCAGCGUCUCCAUAGACCAGCCUCCAACACACGGAACCAACUCCAACAAGAAGAAGAGAAGAACACACAUUUCCAAAUCUGCAUCAGAUAAUGAAACACUGGAUAACCCUGUCUGUAAUACUGCAGCGUGGCAGCCGGCCAAAAGCCAAGAAGAUUUAGCUCACGUCACCAACAAACACAAUGAAGAGGUGCGGAGGACAAAGCACAGAACGGAAACAAGAGGAGGAAAAGGAGCGACUCACUCAGGGACAAAGAAGAAGGAGAAGCCGCUUUUGAAUCCGAGCGUCCCGACAAACGGAGUAACAACAGAGUCCAAAGCUACCGUGAAAAGACACCAUAAGACUGGGAAAAAGGCAGGUGGAAGGAGCGGCAAAGACGUCUCAAAGAAAAGUCAUAACCCAAGAGUUCACUCUCCAUCGGGCACAAUGAGCCCACCUUUGGGACCCCAGUUUCUGGAUGUGCCAUACGCUUCCAGGCCUGACAAGCGGCUCUACCUCGGCAAAUGCUCCACCCUUCCCUCUCAAGAAAACACGACCCCAGGCCGCUACGCCGACAAGGUCAGUCUGCCUGGUGGAGCCACGCCCACCCAUCACCAACGCUGGAGCAACCCAGGCGACAGCAGCCCUGCGUGGAGCACCAUCCAGCACACCUGCCGCCGGCCGCUCACAGAGUACCGCGCCUACUCCCAUGACUUCAGCACAUUACAGGCCAGAGAGUGGAAAGGGAGCCAGCAGCCUGCGAUGAGCCAGGACGGCAGCUUGAAGCGGGACCGGGAACCCCAGUUACCCCCUAAGGUGCAACGAUCAGCCACCCAAGUGGAUUUGUUGGAGCCAAACCGCUCGACGAGCUUCGGUCGCUUCGAGGGCCUCAGGCAUCACUCCUCACACGCAAAACCAGAGGACAAUGGAACAACAGUGCUCAGAGAGGACUGCGAAAGUCCAGACCCUCACAGAUCUACUGGACUUGGAAAGAAGAUGAAGGAGAUUUCGUUAACCAUGCGAAGGAAAAUGGGAAAAAAGCACGUCAAGUCCUUGUCGGAGGAGACAGGGGAUGACACUGACAAAGGCCCAGAGGCAGAGCAGGAAGCGGGCCGGGCAGCUGAGAAGAACUCUGCAAAGACCAGCAUCUCCCUGGAGAGUCUUUACAGCGGCCAGAGCUCGUCCAGUGGUGUGACCAGUGAAUCCAAUGGUUCUGGUCAGAGGGACAGUCUGAAGCUGGAGGAGGACGGCUCCUACCACGGACAGUUCUGCGGCAGGGCUCGCGUCCACACAGAUUUUGUUCCCAGUCCGUAUGACACAGACUCUCUCAAGCUGAAGGUGGGGGACAUCAUCAACAUCAUCAGCAAGCCUCCAAUGGGAAUCUGGACGGGCAUGCUGAACAACAAAGUCGGGAACUUCAAGUUCAUCUACGUGGAUGUCUUGGAGGACGAGGAGGAGAAGGAGGAAGCGCCCAAAAUCAGACCCCAGACGCUGUGCAGAAGACCUCGGCCCACAACGUUGCUGGAGCUGCUGGAGCGCUUAAACCUGGAGGAGUACGCCUCUGCCCUGCUGCUGAACGGCUACCAGACGGUGGAGGAUCUGCUCCACCUGCAGGAGAAGCACCUGAUCGAGCUGAACGUCAAAGACGCCGAGCACAGACACAAGCUUCUGACUGUCGCUGAUUACCACUACACAGAAGGUGAAGAUGUCAGGGACACAGAGGAAAACAGAUCCUCCAACAGUCUACAGGAAGAAGACAGCGACUGUCCCAGAGACUCGGGCUGCUUCAUCCCAUCCGAGUGUUCAGAAACCAAGGACGAUGCAGAGCAGGUCGCAGAUGCAACAAGUUCCUAAAAGUGCUCCUUGCUUGUCCGGACAUUUGGAAUUCACAGCUACAAAUUUUACCUGCAAAUUUAGAGAAAAUGGUAUAAAAAGUCAUUCUUUAAUCGUUUAAUGAUGUCAUGUUUCUUUAUCUUAUUCCAACUGCAAACUUUUCCAGUUUGGGGGUUUCCCAGAUGUAAAAGAUGACCAGAAAGCUACUUUUCUAAAUGCCAUCUUAUCCUUUUGUUGUUUUAUCAAAGUAAAACGUUUCAUUCCUAGAGCCAUUGCUGCGUAUCAAUUCACAGAUAUAUCUGAUUUAUUUAUUGUUUCAAAUAUAUUCAAUAUUUUCUUAAAAUCGUACAAGCCUUUAUUUAAAACAGCUGCAUUACUUGUAUUUUUCCUAUCAUGUUCAGUCUUCUUCCUGCGUUUGGAUUUUUCAGUCGUCUGAAUUAGGCAAAUCGAAAGAUUGGAUGUUUUUAAAUGCAAGCGUCAGGAUUUCUAACCUGUCUACUGAACAGAAUGAGUGUAUUAUUUUAUGAUCAAGAAUUUGAAUAGAUGUGUGUGUGUGUGUGUAAGAGUGAGUCUGUGCAUUUUGUGAACAUUUGUAUUCAUAUGCUAUAAACCAUUUGUAAAUAAAAUUUAACUUUACAGUG